GGCCCCCGAUCUCACUAGACGACUUUUAACCCUUCUGGGGCCUGUCUCAGUUUCCCUAUCAGGUCUCAGUCGGGACCAGUGGGCCGGAAACAUGGCCUUCCAUCUGGAUCAUCUAAAAAAUUACCACAGAAGAUUUUGCCGGCCUUCCAGAGCAUCCACUAUUCAUAAAAAGCAAGGCCAGAACAUGCUGGAAAUCUUACAAGACUGUUUUGAAGAACAAAGUAAGGCUUCAUUGUUAGAUGACUCUACAGAGACAUUUCUUCAUUCAACACCUAAAGAGAAAGACAAUUGUAGUCAGUCAACAGGCAGAGAGCGCCAGGCAUCACAUUCAAAAUCAGUUCCAGUUUCUUCAAGGAGGAAAGAAGCUUCUCGGCAAGUUUCUGCAGAGCCCAGUGGAGCUCCUGGUGGAUCAGUUCAGGCUAAUGAAGUUCAUCCCAAGAUUCUGGCUACUGAUGUUAUUUCUAAAGGUACACCUGUUUCAAACAAAGUGUCAAAUGAAGAAACCAGUGGUCACCACAGUGCUCCUGAGCAUGCAUUUUACUUAUCUGUUGGCUCCCCUGUGGUUCUUUUGGAUGCAGAAGCGUCUGUGUUACAGAAUACUGUUUCAUCAGUUGGCCAAAAAAGAGUGGCUUCUGUCUUAAGAAAUUCAGUAGAGAUCCAAACUUCAAAUACAGACAUUUCUCUUAAAACUCGGAAAAGGUUAAACUUUGAAGAUAAAGUUACUUUGGGCAAAGCAGACAAAGGAACCAAGGUCUUAGAAGUAGAGGACCACAUAUCAGGACAAGAAGGGACGUCCUCAGAAACAUCUCAGAAAAGAGGGGACGAUAUGACCUAUGAAAUUCAACCACAAUCUAAAAAGAGUUUUUCAGAAUUGUUUUCAGAAACUGUCAAGAAGAAGACCAAAUCCAGUUUAAUUGUUAGGCACACAGCGGCAAUUCCACCUCUUUCAUCUCUUGCAAAUGACGUGAAAUUGUUAGAAGAUGAAUUCAUUAUUGAUGAGUCAGAAAGAAGUUUUGCAAGUCAUCCGUGGGUGACGAUACCAAGUAAAGGCAGACAUCUGAGAAACCAUGGGCCAUCUCCUGAAAACAUUGCAACUCUUCAAAAUAAGAAGUCAAAGGAGAAACCUCGUAGCGUAUCAGCUAAGACUUUGAUAAAUGACACACAGUCUCCUAAGACUCCCUCCAUAGAGAAAUCCCAGCUCUCUGUUGAAGAAAACCUGAGAACUAGUUGUACAAAUGAGUUGGAAAAUGACUGUAGAUCUACAGAAAGUAAAAUGCAUUCUGAGAAUGCCAAAAACCCAUCUCAAACCCAAAGGACUAUGAAACAGAAGCAGAAAAGAGUGGCUAAGUGUAAAGUAGUUGAAGAACAGCUUAAUAUGGGACAGGAUACUAAUGAAAGUACAAAUAUGUCAAAUAUUGGCAAAGACAAGUUACAAAUAAAUUCAAAAAGAAGUAUGGAAGACUGUGAUGAGGUGACAAAUGAGCCUGUUCGCAAGAAACGUGUGCCAGCUGCUGAAAACAAGAAAAAAAAGAAUAGCACUCAAAAAGAUAGGGAAAAAUCUGGAAAGAAAUGUUUUUCCAAUAAGUCCAAGAACAAAAUUGUUCCUGAAGAAGUGACUUUGCCUGCCAGAAGAAGUGGUAGGAUUUCUCAGCAUCCACCUGACUGGUGGGUGGUAAAACCAGAGACGGGCUCUGUUGAUAGAAAUUCUUCAAAAGAAAACGAAUCCUCAGUGGUAUAUCACAAUAGAAAAAAGAGAGAUGAGAAAAAUCACUUAUCUAAAAAUGUUGGGAAAAAAUCUGUUCCACCAAAAAGACGAAAGACAGGCAGCAGCUCAAGAGUACAGAAGUCUUUAAAUGUGAAGGGUUCUGGAAGAAGGGUUAGUGGCCGCAAUGGAAUCUCUAGUUCCCAGAGUGAGCCAUUGGAAAGCAACAAGGCGAAGCCAACGCAGAAGAGUCUUGAUGUUUCUGGACCUACUAGAGGCUCUAAGUAUCAAAACAGUGUUAUGAUAUCACAGAAUGCUCAGUUAAAGUUUCGUACUGGGAAAUAUACAAGGAAGACACAAAUGGAGUCUAACUUGGAUUUGAGAGACCCUAAAAGUUCAAUUUUGGAAGAAAGUGGACCAUCCAGGCUCCAGAAUUAUGUAACGUCUAGAAGCAAUAAUUCUGAAAAAGAUGAUAAAAAUGACCGGGAGAAUUUGGAUUUGAGAAUAAGAAGUUCUAAUAUGUCACCAGAUAGGAAUAUACAUCACAAAUUAGUACUGCCCUCCAACUCACCAAAUGUUCGUAGAACAAAGAGAAUACGUUUGAAACCUCUGGAAUAUUGGCGAGGAGAGCGGAUAGAUUAUCAAGAAGGUUCAUCGGGAGGAUUUGUGAUUGAAAUAGUAUCUCCAGCUCCAGUGUUGCCCAAAAUAAAGGAAAAAAGAAACCUGAGCAAAGUCAACAAAAAAGCUAGCAGGAAAUGCAUCCGUCCUGAUAACCAGAAAAAGAAGAAGUUAGUGGUGGAUCUGGAUAUACCUCUAGGAGAUCCCUUUCAGGCAACACUGGCAAAGGACCCAGAAACAAGAGAGAUUGUCCCGAUGGAUCUUAUAAGACCACGAGAUACCUACCAAUUUUUUGUUGAGCAACAUGGCUUGAAAGUUUUUAAAACAUUGGAUACAACAGUUUUUUCUACUGGAAAAUUGGUUUUAGGACCCCAUGAAGAAAAAGGAAAACAGCAUGUUGGCCAAGAUAUAUUGGUUUUUUAUGUUAACUUUGGUGACCUUUUAUGUACCUUACAUGAAACACCUUAUAUGAUAUCUACUGGGGAUUCGUUCUAUAUUCCUUCAGGUAAUCAUUACAACAUUAAAAAUCUCUUGAAUGUGGAAAGUUCUCUUCUUUUUACUCAAAUAAAGAGAUGAGGUAAAUGUGUAUGUGUAUAGAUUGUUUAUUUGUAAAUUUUUGUAUCUGAUUAUUUUAAAAUAAAACUUUUAUUUAGUUUUGAGUCAACUUGCAUUAGAUAAUUAUUUCAUACUCCUUACUAAAUGUUUUGUAAUCUUGGUUGAGUAUUGAUUUUCCAUGAAUGCAAAUACUAUCUUUAGUGAUGGCCAUUUUGCUGGUGUUGUUCUAAUAACAUUGAAACAGACAAAUAACAACAAAACCCAAAAUCACUGUUCCCACAAUAUA